AUGCAGCUGUCGACAAAAAGUACUUCGGUUUCGACCAUUUCAACAACGACUGGCCAUAUUCAAAUUGCCAAAACUAUUUCACUGUAUAUAUUCCUUGCAGUUUUGGGGUUUUCUUCUUCGCUGAUAGGUUCAUCGUUGCCGUUCUUGGAUGAAUUUUUUAGAAUUCAGAAAGGAGAGAAAACUACCACGAUAGCUGCUAUAUAUGCUGGUGUGGUCUUAGGCGCGUUGUCUUGCGCUUUGUUGUACAACUUACUGUCGAAAGAGAUAAUUUUCUCGACUGCCUUCAUAUUGGCUGGAUUCUCUUUGGUAUGUGCUGGAGUCUGCAACUCGUUGAGCUGUUUUGCUAUAUUCGUCUUCUUUCAUGGUUUUUCAUUAGGGAGCAUAGGAACCGCGAUCCAACCUUAUAUAUUAAGACUCUGGCAAAAGAAUGCUUAUCAGAAAUCGUUAUUCCACGGUAUCUACUUUGUCGGAUCAACUGGAUCGGUCAUGGCUCCUUUUGUCCUGCAAUAUUUUCUAUGCGAAGACAAAGUUUCAAAAGAAGAAGAUAAAUACAUAUUCCACGUAAAUCCGACAUAUACUAGAUUCUAUCACCCAGAUUCAUCUUAUUUUUUUCACUCAAGAUCGGAUUUGAAUCGAAACAGGAGUGAUUCUUGUCCAUUUUACUCUUCUUCUUGCGUAAGAGCUGUACCAUAUACUUUCAUAACAUUUGGGACCGCUAUACUUCUUGCUUCUGUGCCGUACAUUGCCAUCUGGGUUCAUAAUUACGCAGAAAAAAAUGAAUCGAAUCAUUCGAAUCAAAUGAGUUUUUCAACGAUUCCUUCCUUUGUUGAAAAUGCGGCGUCCAGUUUGUAUCUGAAAAUGGCAAUUUAUUUAACUGCUUUCUUAUUUGUCAUUUUUGUGGAACUCCAAGAGAGCAUACCUGUUUAUUUUUUAUCAAGUUUCGUCGUCAAUUAUUUAAAAUGGAGUCCCGUGAAUUCUCCGUUUUUAUUAUCGGCCUAUUUUAUGUCGCAGUUGUUAGCUAGGAUAUGCAUUGUAAUUUUAUCAAAAAAAAUUCCACCGUCAACAAUUUUGUGGUUUAACAUUACGGCAACAUUUGUCGCCUCAACAUCCGUCUUCUUCACAAUUAACUGGAGUUACAUCAUCUGGUUUGCAUCACUAGUUUAUGGAGUUAGCAUGGCUACAACAUUUUCCACCUACAUACUCUGGAUGUCUCAGACUAUUGAGAUUGAUGCCAAAAUUUCCGCCAUGAUGAUCAUCACAAGUUCCACAGCUGGCGUCUGCACGCCUCUCCUCAUGGGUAGAUUAAUUCAUAAAUAUGGCCAGUUUUGUUUUGCCUACUGUCUCAUAUUUAUUUCCUUUUACAAUUUAUUAGCCUAUGCCUUAAAAACCUUUUUCUUUCAUAUUUUUUCUGAUCUUAGAUAA